AUGGCCGCAACGACGGCGACAGACGGGAAGGACGCGGCGACUGCUGCAGGCCACAGCAAAGGCCGGAGACGCAGUGUGGAGACUGAUGAGGCGCAGAGGAGACGCGUCAUCGCUGCAGCCAGUGGGACGUCUGAAGAACGCGCGCGCUACGAGCUCGAGCGCAAGAAAGUCGCCAAGUACAAAGAGGACAAACUCAAGGCGCGUCGGGACCACACGCGCAUGAUCUUGGAGAGCCACGCGCAGGCGAAACGUCGUGCGCUCUUGGGCAAACAGUCGGAGUUCCUGGCGACGCUCGAGUUCCGCAAUACGCUGCCAGACAUUCCGUUUGACACGAAGUUUGUCAAGUAUCCGCACGAAUCGGAACGACUUAUCAAGUACAAGCCCAAUGCGCUGGAGAUGGAUUAUACCUACGAGAUCCAUGAAGAAGCGAAUCUUGGAAUGACAAUUGAUCUCAUUGAUCCAGUCAAGUAUGAAGCUCCGACGGAACCUGAGCCACUUGAGGUUGGUGACGAGCAGGCUCUGAUGAUGCGGGAAGACCAUGGCGGUACCAAGGGUCGAUCGAAAGUGCGUCCGACCGUCUCAUGGCUGCGACGCACGGAGUACAUGGGCAACGAUCUGUACGACUCGGUGCACAAAUUCAAAAGUGAAGCAGAGAUCCAGAAUGCACUACGCGAAGGCACGGAAAACGCGUUGGCCGAGGUGGUCUCGGUCUCACUGGAGGAUCGUGCCGAAGCUUCUUUUCGUGAUAUCAACGACUCGGGAUUGCUCGUGCACCCCCACGACCCGAAGAAACAAGUCGCAAAAGUGUGGGACGUCUUUCCGGAUCAGCUCUUGUCUGCUAACAAGUACGCGAUCCUGUCAUACGAUAUGCUACCCUCCGAAGAUUUCAAGAAUAAGGGAAUGUCGUGCCGUGAAGAACGCGCUUUGCUGUGUGGAGUGAAUAAGAAAAUCCAAGCUGGUAAUGAGCUUAUCCAGGGCUCUGUUCUAUUGCCCAACGCGUCUGCAGGAGAGGAGGACAGCAGCGAUCGCGACAAAUUUUCGUACCUUCGAGAGUAUCUCAUGGCUGUGGAAUCGCUCGAUAGCCGAGAGACGCAGCAUGUCGUAUUCGUACUGGACCCCGAGUCUAAUCAGUUUACAUACAGUGAUGUGUUGAACCGCAUCCAGCUACGAAAGACAAAGAUGAGUGGCGAGGAAAAGCGCCGCGAUGGAGUUGUCGUCUAUCGCCGGGAUUACUCUGAAGGCGAAAAUGAUCGUCGUGCGCGGAUUCUCUUCCACUGCGGAGGGGUCUAUGAUGAACAGCUUGAUGACGAUGAGAGCGUGCGUGAAUACAAGCGCCAACGAACGGGAGAUAAACAUACGCCGCCCCCCUCUGACGACGAAGAUACGGAGGCUCGUACACCACCUGGGAGUCCGACUAAGAAGUCGAGCAGCCCUGGCCGCGAGAAUGGUGACGAUGGUAGUCCCGAGCCGCGCAACGGCGGCAGUGGCAGCCCCGUGAUCAGCGAUAGCGACAGCGAAUAG